AUGGCUACACGUACUGCAGCUCCUGCUUCAGGUCACAUGAAUACUAUCAAUGGAAACAAAGCAUUCAAGGAUAAAGAAAAGCCUGAAAGUGUUCUCUCAAGUAACAUUAUUGCAGCUAAAGCUGUUUCCCAAGCUAUUCGUACUUCUUUGGGACCAUGUGGUAUGGAUAAAAUGAUUUCUGCAGCUAAUGGUGAAGUUACAAUCACAAAUGAUGGUGCUACAAUUCUUGAUCUUAUGUCUGUUGUUCAUCCAACAGCAAAAAUGUUAGUUGAUUUAGCUAAAGCUCAAGAUAUAGAGGCUGGUGAUGGUACAACUACAGUAACAGUUACAGCCGGAGCUCUUUUAGAUGCAGCAGAGAAGCUUUUAGCUAUGGGAAUUCAUCCAACAGUUAUAUCUGAAUCUUUCCAAACAGCAGGAAAAGAAGCACAAAGAAUUUUGGAAGAAAUGGCAAUACCAUUAGAUUUCAACGAUAAUGAUAAAUUAAUUAAACUUGCUAAAACAAGUUUAAAUUCAAAAGUUGUAUCUAAUUAUUCUGAUGUCUUAGCACCAAUGGCUGUAUCUGCUGUCAAGAAGAUUGUUGACUCACAAAAUGAUGAGAACUGUGAUAUAAAUAUGAUAAAAAUUAUCAAACGACUUGGAGAGACUGUUGAAGAAUCUGAACUUAUCAAUGGUGCUAUUAUUGAUCAAAAAUCUAUGGGACAUGGAGGACCAACAGUUGUAGAUAAAGCAAGAAUAGGAAUUAUUCAAUUUCAAAUAUCUCCACCAAAAACUAACAUUGAAAAUAGUGUUGCAAUUGAUGACUAUGCUAAGAUGGAUAGAGUUUUUAAAGAGGAACGUUCAUACAUUCUUAAUUUAUGUAAUACCAUAAAAAAAGCCGGUUGCAAUGUUUUGUUAAUCCAAAAGUCUAUCCUUCGUGAUGCCGUAACUGAUCAAGCUCUUCAUUUCUUUGCAAAAAUGAAAAUUAUGGUUAUUAAGGAUAUCGAGAGGACUGAUAUACGUUUUUAUUCAGAAAUUCUUGGUGCCGUUCCUGUUGCCUCACCAGAACAUUUUAAUGCAUCUAAACUUGGUUCAGCUGAACGUGUUGAACAGAUUCAAACAAGUCCAAGUGAAAAGAUUGUUAAAGUUACAGGAAUUCAAAAUUCAUCUAAUGCUGUUUCUAUUCUUCUUCGUGGUUCAAAUAAAUUGGUACUUGAUGAAGCUGAACGUUCAAUGCAUGAUGCUUUAUGCGUAAUUAGGUGUCUUGUCAAGAAGAAGGCUCUCCUUCCUGGUGGUGGUGCUCCAGAAAUGGAAGUUGCUGUUCAACUAAGAAAAUUAUCUCAAACUCGGGAAGGUGCUGAACAUUACUGCUGGAAAGCUUUUGCCGAUGCUCUUGAAUUAAUUCCAUAUACUCUUGCUGAGAAUGCUGGUCUUUCACCUAUUGUUACUGUUACAGAAUUAAGAAAUCAGCAUGCUCUUGGCAACAAGAAUUUUGGAGUCAAUGUUAGAAAGGGAUACGUAACAGAUAUUUUAGAAGAAAAUGUUUUCCAACCGUUAUUGGUAACUUUGAAUGCUAUUAAACAGGCUUCUGAAUGCGUUCGUUCAAUUCUUAAGAUCGAUGAUAUUGUUAUGACUAUUCGUUAA